AUGGCAUAACGAUCGAGCAUGCAGUUAUUGCUUUUUAGAAGACACUACAUAGUUGGCAUCAAUCGUUCCUAAUUGUUGUAAUCCGAAAGAACUAUUUAAUGAAAUCGUGCUUGCCAAUUUUGUAUAAAUAUUUCCAGCUCCGUAAAGAUGUUGUUCCCAAGACCGCUGAAAAUUUUCGCGCCUUAUGUACCGGAAAGAAGGGUUUUGGUUAUAAGGGUUGCACUUUUCAUCGCGUAAUACCGAAUUUCAUGUGUCAAGGGGGCGAUUUCACGAAUCAUGACGGCACUGGUGGCAAAUCUAUCUAUGGUACAACAUUUAAAGAUGAGAACUUUAAACUGAAGCAUACUGGUCCUGGUAUACUGUCUAUGGCUAAUGCUGGCCCUAACACUAAUGGCUCACAGUUCUUUAUUUGUACUGUGAAGACAGCUUGGUUGGACGGACAACACGUAGUCUUUGGGCAGGUUAUUCAAGGCAUGGACGUGGUUAAAGCUAUGGAGGCUUUGGGUUGCGCGAGCGGUGGACCCAUGAAGAAAAUAGUUAUUGCUGAUUGUGGUGAAUUAAAAUAGUUCGCAAAUAUAAUUUGGAUAGUGAUUGUACAAGUAACGAGUUGUAUAUGAGAGUUUUGAUGAAUUAGAUUUGUGCACGCAAACAUGCAGUAGAGUCGUACCUGUGAAUUUAGUUUUAAGUUGGAUAAUUUAAGAAAUAAAGCGAAUAUGAAUUCAGAUA